GGCUGACUCCGAGCCGACGUUUUCUGAGAAAAGCCAAGGCCGGGAGCGAGGAUGGAGAGGCUGGUGUUCAGGAGGCCUUUCUGUCAUCUGUCUACCUACAGCCUGAUUUGGGGCAUGGCAGCAGUGGUGCUGUGCACAGCACAAGUGGAAGUGGUGACCCAGGAUGAAAGAGAGCAGCUGAACACACCUGCUUCCUUAAGAUGCUCUCUGCAAACUUCUCAGGAAGUCUUGAUUGUGACAUGGCAGAAGAAGAAGGCUGCAAGCCCAGAAAACAUGGUCACCUUCAGCAAGAACCAUGGGGUUGUGGUCCAGCCUGCCUAUAAGGACAAGAUAAACAUCACUCAGCUGGGACUCCAGAACUCAACCAUCACCUUCUGGAACACCACCCUGGAGGAUGAGGGGUGUUACAUGUGUCACUUCAAUACCUUUGGUUCUGGGAAGAUCUCAGGAACAGCCUGCCUCACUCUCUAUGUACAGCCCACAGUAUUCCUUCACUACAAUCUCUCUGAAGACAACCUAAAUAUCACCUGCUCUGCCACUGCCCGCCCAGCCCCCGUGAUCUCCUGGAAGGUCGCUGGGUCAGGGAUUGAGAAUAGUACUGAGAGUCUCUCACACCCAAAUGGGACCACAUCUGUCACCAGCAUCCUCCAAGUCAAAGACCCCAAGAGUCAGGUGGGGAAGGAGGUGAUCUGCCAGGUGCUGCAUCUGGGGACUGUGACCAACUUCAGGCAAACUGUGAACAAAGGUUAUUGGUUUUCAGUGCCGCUAUUGUUGAGCAUUGUUUCCCUGGUAAUUCUUCUGGUCCUAAUCUCAAUCCUAUUAUACUGGAAACGUCACCGGAAUCAGGAUCGAGUAUUGAGCCACACUGGGGGAAAAAAAAUGGUCCUCCCAUGGACCACUGACAUCGGAUGUUGGAAAUAUUGACAGGAUCUAAAAUAUGCAGAACUUUGCAGAUUCUGAGCCGUAGAGGAAUCACACAGAACCUUCAAAAUUAUUCCCUGGUCUACUUGAAUCUGAUGCAAGAAGAAAGCAGGAGGAAAAAAGACCAUUCUCCAAGGAACCUAAAAGAGCAAAAAAGGUGGGACCAAAAGGAUUAAGAAUCCCACGACUUUCCACUACCAUCUAAGCUACUCACUGUUUGUCUGAGUCCCAAGAGGAAGUCAUUUUACCUCUCAGGUCUGUUGUAGGACUUGGUUCUGUAAAGCAAUGCAGUGUUGCACUGUUGAAAAGCUAUGGACUUAGAAUCAGGAGCACUGAGCUCACUGGCUGAGUUGGGCUCCACUCAUGGGAACUCUGUGUUAGUCACUUUACCUCAAACCUCAUCCGAAGUAUAAUGGAGUUGGACCAGAUAAUUUGCCAUUCAGCUCUAAAAACUGAUUUAAUUCCAGGAAAAAAAAAGGAGUAAGCAAAGGGGGAAGAAGUGAAAAAGAGAGAGAAGAAAGAUUACAGAAAGGUCCAAAGAACUUUUCUGAGACUACCUUUUGCCUUUCUUUUGAUGUUACGUCUGUUCUUCUCUUGUUCUUAGCUCCAUGAGUAUGUUUUCCAUCAUUUGGUAUCCAGCCCACUACCUGCUUACUGUUUUGUUAAUAGUUGGCCUUGCUAGAACCCUUGGUUUUGCUGAUUCUUCAUGUACUUCUGUGAGAUUUAUUACAACAGAAAUAUGACUCAAUUUAUUGUGAAAUAACAUUGGUAACCUUAACUUAUCUAUUUAACUCACUUAUUGUUAUGGCAGGAUAAAUAUUGUUAGUCUUAGAUAAUAGGUCACAUUUUUAAAAACGCAUGCUUUCCCUGUCUGUCUGUCUCAUAAUACAACCCAGCGCUGCUUUAGGUCAUUCUGAAUUCAACCCAAGUAUAAUAGAAAUACAUCAUGAAAAACAGAUAUUUAGCAGACUUCCUGUAUAGCAGUCAGCCGAUUCAUAUGCUUUGUCUCUCCUGGCAUUUUUCCCAUGACUUAAUUUUUCAUAAUAGCUGAAGAGACAAAGAUGAGCAUAAUAUCCCUCUGUUCUAAAGAUAUUCUUCUAACUAGUGGAACAAUAAUUAAUCUUAAAUAACUGUAAGACUAAAUUAGUGGCUUUUUCAGUAUCUUUUGCUUUGUCUGUCUCUAUCCAGUGAC